AUGCCAGACCAAGACCACCUCAUCCAAGCAAUCGCAUCAACCCUCUCCAUAUCCCUCUCCGACAUUUUGUUGUUCGACUCCUUCUCCGACCUAGGCGGCGACGAAAUAUCAGCCGAACAAUCAUUUCCUCCCCUUGUUCUCGUCCCCAUGGCAGGUCCAUUCGACGGUCAAACUGUAGCUCUUAUUAAGAUCGGCCAUUCGCCAGACACAAACAUCUUAUCUACCGAGACGACCCAGGCUCAGAUUUCACUCCUGCGCAUGGAAUGUUCUGCUCAAAUUAUUAUUCCUGUUUGUCACGAUCUUAACGACAAAAGGGCCCUGCAAACAUGGGUGCAGAAUAUGGAUUCGGAAACUUACAAGGAGGUCAUGAAACUUCAAAUUCCGGCACGAAGAGAGAGGGUUGUGAGACGGAGGAGUCGAUUGGAUGUUAAGAUGGAUGAGUUGGAGGGUUUUGAACUUUCGCCUAUGCAGAACCUCCUGUUCCAAGGACUUGAUGAUGGGAAGGGUGCUUGGACGAAGAAUGUGGUUCUCAAUGUCCAUAGUGCAGAACCGCUGGAUAUCGACGCUGCCAUCGAAGCAAUCGUCUCAAGACACGACAUGCUCCGCGUGCGCUUUCGCCAAAAGGACUCAUCAUGGGAACAAUGCAUUUAUCCCAAAUCGGCAAAUUCUUAUCAUCUUACACAUCACGUCGAUGUAUCCGACGAAGAAAUCCCUUCACUCAUACACGACCUACAUUCCAGCAUCACCAUCGAAGGACCGACCUUUGCAGCAAUGCACAUCCACAACAAACUCUACCUCGCAGCGCACCAUCUAGCGCUGGACGAUGUGAGUUGGAAACUUGUUAUUGACGAUCUGGAUGAGUUGCUCCAGAAGGGAACGCUUUUGUCGGAGGCGAGUGUGAGCUUCAAGUAUUGGACCAGAAAGCAGAGUCGACAUAUGGAUCAGAGGUUGUUUAAGCCGACAUUGCCUUUUGAAGUUUACUGUGCGGAUUUGGAGUACUGGAAUCUCACACAGACUGACAACACUUUUGGGAAUUCGAGGAGGGUGUCGUUUGAACUCUCACCCGAGGAAGCAGCUUCCCUAGAAACGUCCGCCCAGCAGGUUUUGAGGACUGAUGCGUCAGAUGUCUUUCUAGCUGCACUGCUACUGUCAUUCACUCAGAUCUUUCCAGAGAGAACCCUACCCACGUUAUGGAAGAAGGAGAAUGGCCGAGACUUGGACGACGAUUUCAACAUUGCCGAAACAGCGGGAUGGUUCGCUUCACUAUGUCCGAUUGGAGUCGAGAUUGAUUCAGAGAUGGAUCUGAUUCACGUCAUUACUUUGAUCAAAGAUACACGACGAACAAUUCCAAGAUCUGGCAUUCCGUUCUUUACGGCUGAGUUUGCGACGUUGGAAAGCGCAGCAGAGAAUCUACCGCUGGAGGUUAUCUUCAAGACAACCGAGACGCUGCAGCGACAAAAUGGGUUGCUGCAACCUGUUACGCCUCUUGAGAGCAAUGCAAGUUCGGAGAUCAAAAGGAUUGCCUUGUUUGAGGUUGAGGCUGGCGUGGAUAGGAUUGAUGUUGUCUACCCAAGCACAUGUCGCCAUCAAGAAAAGAUCCAAUCUUGGAUCACUUGUUUCGAGACUCACGCUCACUCAGCUAUCACACAGUUACAAAACUGCGAAGCACAACUCACACUCUCCGACAUCCCCCUCAUCCAAACAUCCUACGCAUCCCUAACCCGUCUCUCCCCAGACCAACGAACAGCCAUCCAAACAAUCCUACCCACAACGCCCUCCCAGCAAGAAAUCCUCAUCGCACAGUCUAUCCAUCCAGAGUCUUUCUACAAUCACGUCGUGUACGAAAUGACUGCGCUGCAAUUGCCGGUUGAUACAACACGGUUAUGUGAAGCGUGGGAAACUAUCGUAGCGAAUACUCCUGCUUUACGGAGUGUGUUUAUUGAUGCUGUUAGUAGAGAGGGGUUGUUUGAUCAGGCUGUUCUUAAGAAAGUCUCGCCGACUAUUCUUUUUAUUGAAACAGAGAAUUCGGAUGAGGCUGUUAGGACGUUACCUGCAUUGAUUGGAGAUGUUAAACAUCGGUUGGCGGUGUGUUAUAACCCUGGAAGAAUGGUUGUUAGACUCGAUGCUAGUCAAGCACUCUGCGACUUACCGAGUCUUAAUCUCUUGAUAGCAGAACUAACACGCGUCUUCUCCUCCCAAAAUCCGACCGACACAUCAACUCUUCAAAACACAUAUCUGCACCAAAUACUCUCCAUCGACACAGCCUACACUCUCGAAGUAUGGAAAACAGGUCUCUCAUCCGCAAAACCAUGUCUCUUUCCCAAACUAUCUCCUCAGUCCUGUUCUACAUCAUUCGACUUUUCCAUCUCACACUCUCAGCUCGAAAACUUCUGUGAAGAGAACUCUGUUGAGCCAGAAGCUGUGUUCCAACUAUCCUGGGCUCUUGUUCUUAGAGCGUUUGUAGGUAAAGAGAGUGUAGGCUUCGGCUAUCAAUUCAACGGCCGCGAUGAAUCCCUUCUCUGCGGUAUUGAAUCUCUUGUGGGAAGUUUCGCAACAUUACUUCCCUGUUUCGCAGAUCUUCCUCCCGCACAACCAUUAAGAGAAUGCUUAUCUCUUAUCAGCGAAGCAUUCACCAAUGCAAGCAAGCACGAUAACAUCACUCUCUCCGAAGUCAGUCAUGCGCUAGGACUAAGAGAAAAGACACUUUUCAACACUUGUCUUUACUACCAAACCCCUUCAAAGUUGGAUGUGGGUGAUGAACUUACGCCUAGCUUAGUCACGGCUGGGAGAAAGACGGAUUGCGAUGUUAGUCUUACGCUCAUGUUCGUGGAUGAGAUGCUCAGGGGAGACUUGACGGCUUAUCUCGAUGAGAGUCAAGCUGGUAGUGUGAUGUCUUGCUUCCAAGCAGCACUAUCCCACAUCUUAAGCACACCAGACAAACUCAUCUCCGAAACAGAUCUUCUCACAGAAGAAGCUUACUCAACCCUCAUCCAAAACUGGAACACAUCCCAACCCCAAAUAACCGCCUGUCUACACGAAGUAAUUCUUCAACACAGUUUCACCCGUCCAAAUGCAGCCGCAGUAUGUUCCUGGGAUGGCGACAUAACAUACCUCCAACUCACAACCCUCGUCCAACGCCUCAAACAAUAUCUCGUUAACAUAGGCGUUGGGCCAGGUAUGGUUGUUCCCUGCGUGUUAGAAAAGAACCAUUGGGCUCCUGUGAUGAUACUGGCUGUUCUUUCAGCUGGUGCAGCGUUUGUACCAUUGGAUGCUCAGGAUCCUGCGAGUGUGAAGAGUACGAUUGACUAUCUCACUCCCCAUGUUGUGUUGGCUACGGAGAGUGCUUAUAGGGAUUUGAGUACCCUUGCGAUCAAUCUGGUUAUUAUUAACGAUACUUUCUUUACUAUGCUUACGCCGUACGUUGCGAGAAUUGGACAGGAUGCUACGCCUGAUCAUGCAGCGUGUAUCUUUGUCACACCAAAGAAGUCAAGAAGUAUAUUCUUCAGUCACGCUUCUUUACUUUCUACUUUCAUCGCCCAAAGUACACCCUUCAAACUCACAUCCGAAUCUCGCGUUCUCCAACUCUCAGCCUUCAACGUCGACAUCUCCCUCGUCGAAAUCCUAGGAACUCUUACCCACGGCGGCUGUGUCUGCAUUCCUCAUCCUCACGACAGAGCCCACGAUAUAGCUGGUGCAAUUGCCCGCAUGGACGUAACAUGGUCAUACAUGACCAGCGUUCUCGCCCGCAAGAUAAACCCCGAUGCCGUUCCUAGCCUCAAGACAUUAUGUUUUCGAACGAGGAGGUUGGAUGAGGAUACGUAUGGUCCUUGGGUUGAAGACCAUGAUGUUCUUGUUGCGUACGGUGCACCUGAUAUUUGUCCCCUUGGUAUUUCUGUGACAGAAGUUACCAAGCAUGGUGAUUUGAGCAUCAUCCCACAGCCGAUAACAGGCAGAUUCUGGAUUUUGAAUCCUGAUAAUCCUAGAAAACUCAUGCCCAGCGGCACAAUCGGCGAGCUCGCUAUUGAUGCUCCUCUCAUAACACCCCAUCGUUUCGCACUCGACAAACCACUUAUAGCACCUGAUCCAACAUCCCCCUCCAAACCACGAUACUUGAAAACAGGUCAUCGCGUCCGCUACUUAUCUUCCGGAAACGUUCAAUUCCUCUCCAGUGUACGAGACGAAGUCAAAGUCUGCGGCUCAAACGUCGACGUUGCACAAGUCGAACAAGUACUCCGCCGAAGCCUCGGCUUUGACUGCGUCGUUGAUUCCGUGACUACACAAGAUUCAGGACCUUUACUCGCUGCAUUCCUAGAAAUGGGAUGUGAGUCUCUUCACAAUUUAAGCGCUGAGACGAAAGAAAAGACGUAUCUCGCUAAGAAAAUGUUUGAAACGGCUCUUGAGAAUAUGAAUCCUAGAGAUCGUCUUCCUCAAUAUGCUAUACCUUCUCUUUUCAUUCCUAUCAAGGCCUUUCCCAUGUCAACAUCUCUCAAAGUGAACCGGAGAAAACUGCAACGCAUGAUAUCUGACUUUUCUACGCAUGACAUUCUUCAUAUGUCGCACGCUUCAAAUCCCAGGGUUAUCCUCGCUCAGAAACCCCUUCCUCUUACUGGCCCUGAAGAAGCGAUGAGGGAAUAUUGGGCAGAUGUUCUCAACAUCUCCAUCAGCGCAAUCAAAGGGUCAAGUACAUUCUUUUCGUUAGGAGGAAACAAACAUCUCGCAGCCAAACUCGUUGUGGCGUGUCGAAAAGACGGUGUUUCUUUGUCAUUAACAGAUCUGCUGAGUGAAGCAUCCCUCACAGAGUUAUGCCGCUCUCACAAACCAACAAAGAUCAAAACCCGUCCCGCCAAAAAUCUCGACAUGUCUUUCGUCAAGAACAUCAUAUCACCCGCUCUCCACUGCUCAUCCCCAGACGUCCUCGACUUCGCAGAAGCAUCCCACCAACAAAUCCACGCCCUCGAACUCAGCAUGUACAAAACCCGCGCAGACAUCCUCAACAUAGCCCUCCGCUUCAACGGCCCCGUCGACCCAACCCGUUUAGAAAACGCUUGCAAGAAUUUAUCCAAAAUGCAUGCUAUUCUUAAUAUCGCUUUUGUAGCGAGGGGGCAUAAGGUUUAUCAAGUUCACUGUGCUUCUACAUCGCCUCCAUUUCUGAAUAUUUCUUGUCCUGCUGGUGCGUUGGAUGAUGCUACGCAGAACGUUGUACGGGAGAAUCAGAACUUAGCAUUUGACAUGGGCGUUUGCGUUACGAAAUUCACCUUCUUGAAUGGUGAUACACAAGGAUCUUUGGUCAUUCGUCUCAGCAAGACUCAAAUCGAUGAAGCCUCCGCCCAUCUCCUCAUCCACGAUCUUGCAUCGCUCUACGACGGCGAUGCCCACGAGCCCGGGUCUUCUUACUUGGACUAUAUUCGUGCUUCGAAGAGUUCUUAUCAAGAAGGCCUAGAAUACUGGAACGUCCAACUCGACAAUGCAAAAAUGACCAAAAUCCUCUCGUCAACACGACCAACGCCUCCAGCUUCAGUCUCCGAAAUACGAACCCUCAAACAGACUGUUUCGCUGGGUCAUUUAGCAGCAUACGGGAUGACACCAGACAUUGCUUUAAAAGCAGCUUGGGCUACUGUUCUUUCUACAAUCUCGAGUACACACGAUGUUCUCUUCGGGGAAGUAAUCCAACAUACCUCUCCAAUCGGACCUUCGAGCAACACACUCCCUGUACGGGUUCAGUUUCCUUCAAAGCAUAGUACACCACUCGAUCUGAUGAACUGCAUACACUUGCAACGCCAAAGUCACGAUGCUUAUUCGAACAUUGGUAUUCAAGACCUCGUUACAAAAUGCACACCCUGGCGCUCCUGUACUACCUUCAGCACAGUCGUGCAGCACUACGAGCCCAACUCCCUAGAUGGCACAUCAACCAUGAACAUCCACGGCGCAACAUUUACAUAUCGACUGAUAGAAUCAUGGACAAAGGACUUUCCAGAUCUCUUCAUCCGUUCAACACCAACCUCUACCGACAACAUAACCCUCGAGAUUAAAUUCUCAGAAGCAAGGGUUGAACAUUCAUUCGUACAAGAUUGUCUAAGUCUUCUCAUCGCAGCUUGGGAAACAGUUACACACCCCGACACAAUCCAUCAACCCAUGAUUCAAUCUUCUGAAGAAAUAUCUCGUUCGGAUUGCAUCAUUCCGUUUCCUUCAAAGGACGUCUUUGCGACCUCUGUUGAAAUGGACGCUACACAGCGCAGAGAAGUACAGGAGUCUAUUGUUGGUAUUUGGAACAAAGUCAUUGUUCCUAGUCCUUCAAUUCCUGCGGAAAAGUUACCGAGUAUGCCGUUCUACGCACUUACGCAGACUCUUCUUCCAGCACAUGCUCUCACGGCUGAGAUGAACAGUGUAUUCUCUACCAAUCUGAGUGUGGAAGACAUUCUUGCGCAUCCAAGCAUGAAUGCCCAAUUGGACUUGAUCUCGAACACCAUUCCUCUCAAACCCAUCCUCGAAUUCCUGCCGCCACCAAAACAGUCAACUCUGAGGGCUAGUCUACGCAGCUUUAAAAACAGGAAUAGUAUGUUGAGUUUGAAGAAUACAUGGUCGCGAAGCAAACAGUCGGAAACAAUCCCAGAGGAUAUGCCCUCCCCCAUCCCCACGAUUGUCAUUCCGGAGAUUGGAUCGUCUGAUACACCUGAGAGUAUAAGCCAUCAUUUGGUGGAACUAGAUGCUGGGCCUGUUGAUCGACGUAGUGGACCUGAAUAUCUCGACAGACGAGGUAGUGCACCGGGAUCUGAGCAGCUUGAUCGAAGAAGUAGUGGCGGUUCAUCAAGAAGGACUCCCGACUCAAUUGCUUUUAGCCCUACGGUGGACAAAAGGCGAGUUUCUACAUGGGGAAGUAUGUUUGAGCGAAGAGGGUCAUCACCACUCAGCCGCAAAUGA